AUGGGGAUACCAACCCUAAUGAUGACUGGUUUAUGCUGGGACUUCGGGAUGGCAGACCUGAGAUCCAAUUGCAUAAUCACUGGGCCCAACUUACAGUGGGUAUUGCGCCUGAGACAGGUCUCUGGGCCCCUGGCCAGAAAACCUCAGCACAUCAUGAAGAUUGCACUGGGGGGUUUGGUAUUCCCACCCUCCAAGCUCCGUCUGCCGCUGGUCCCUGCUCUGGAUGGCUGCCUGCGCCGGGAUAUCUGGUUGGAUCAGCAGGCCCAGACCUCAGUCUCUGCCCCCUCUAGCAUCAGGAACUGUGCGGUAGACUCCCAACCUGGGAUAUUCUUCCCUCUAGGGACUCAUGGAGAAUUCAACCUCCAAGACAUCCCUCAGCCUCAUGCAGAACCCUGGGCCUUCUCACUCAAGCUAGGGCUCCAGCUGGCAGCAGGCACUGGCCCCCUCCUUGCUCUUGGGACCCCAGAGAAUUCGCCUUGGCUUAGCCUCCACCUCCAGGAUCAAAAGCUGGUCCUGUUUCUUGGGUCUGGGCCGGGGCUGGAUCUGCCCCUGGUCUCAGGACUCCCUCUUCAGCUGAAGCUGGGUAUGACCAGAGUCGUCGUGAGCCAGGGUCCAAAGGAGGAGGUCCUUGCUCUGCCUCCCCUGGGUCUUGACCCUCUCUCCAACCUCUGGGCCCAGCCUCAGGGGAGCCUCUUCCUGGGGGCUGUACCAGGAGAAGCCUCUUCUGCCUCCUUUUGCUUGGAUGGUCUUUGGGCCCAAGACCAGAGGCUGGACAUGGACCAGGCCCUGAACAGAAGCCGGGACAUCUGGACUCACAGCUGUCCCCAGAGCCUAGGCCAUGGCACUGAUACCUCCCAUUAA